AUGGUCGAGUUUGCCAUGAACAACUCGGUGCAUGCGUCCACGACACAUACACCGUUUUACGUGAAUGGCUUACGCCAUCCGCGUGUACCCACCUUACUAGAGUGCAACUCUGAGGUCAUUGCGUUUGAUGCCGAUAUCGACGACAUCGAUAUCGAAGAAGAUGAUGCCAGUGAAAGCGAGGAAGCCCUCGCUGAAGAAAAGAUUGAUGUCGCUGCAGUGCACUCACAGCGUACUGAAGCAAACGAUUCAUCAGAUGAGUUCAUACUGGCUCGUGAAACGGUAGUCCGUUUUGUGCAAGAUUCCAUCGCCGAAGCGGUGGAUAAGCAAAAGAAAAAACGCUGA